UCCUCUUGGAUUUGAAGAAGGGACCCACGGACGAGGAUAUNGUCCUCUUGGAUUUGAAGAAGGGACCCACGGACGAGGAUAUACAAGUGUUGUAUGCCGACGUAACGAAGAAGCUCGGGCAAGCCGCGAGUAUUUUGUCUGAUAAGUUUUCACCGAUAGUCGCCGUAGCCCUCGUGGACCAAUUUCUGGCGACGGUCAAUGUGCAAGCAGGCGGGGCAGGUGCUACAACGACGGGAGGCCGGGGGGCGGCUCUCUUCAUGGCCAACCCUGGUUCUGUUCGCCUGUCCGCUAGGACAAGUAAUAAUUGAUGGCGUGUUGCUGCAGAAAAAUUCACCAGAGGGGGUAGCAAGAGAGCCGCGACUUCGGGGUCCCAACCCUAGUUUCGUUUUUGCAUACUCGAAGUACAUACCGUAGCGGUACGCCGCCCUACAUUUGCGACGUCACCGGUGCAUGUGCCUGUACCAUGUGUUGUCCCCCCCCCCACCCAGCGGCCGGUUAAGGCUCGGUGUGAUGUUUCAUUUUCGCUUCCGCGUUAUUGUGCCGAUCGCCGUCUGUGAUGUUAUCGUCCCGAGCCAUUUGUUUUGUGGUUGUAUUUGUAUGUCUGUUUUGUUGCUGCGGUUUAGCGUUCGAUGGGACCAUCCUGUUCCUGUCCUGUUUUUCUGCCUUUUGUUCGAUUUCCUUUUUCUCUCAUUCUUCGUCUGUCCCUUUUUUGGCCGUGUUGGAUCGUCUCCAAGGUCGUUUUUAUUGUUUGAGUCAGUCUAUCAUCAAAUCGCGCUUGGAUAUUUAUUUUCUGGGUCUCAAUUUCUGCGUCUGUGGUUGUCGACCUGUAUGUUCUGAGCAGGUGGUGCGAACGAAACGAUGCCUGCAGAUUCUGUGCCUGCAGAUGAUGUUGUCGUUCUGCCCAUGUCCCUGUGUGCGCCCGUGUACCAACGCAGUGGUGUUUCCGUGGUUUCCUUGGUUUGACGUCGGGGUCAGAAUAUUCAGUAAUUUACUUUUGAAGUAAAGGGUGCCGUUUGUUCGGGGAAAUAUCGAUAGUUGUUGUAGCCACGACGACGUUGGAUCGGGCGUGAACGUCAACGAAUUUGACCGCAAGAACGUGACCGCAGGAACGUGACCGCAGUAGACUGAAUUACGCAACCUACAACGCGUUCUUCUUGCAUGAGUUGGACUGCUGCGGGUACACAAUAGAAGUGUGUGGGAUGACGGCAGACACAUUCAUCCCACAGCCCGACUGUCCGCCCUACAUUUUGGGAAUAAAUAUCUUUCUUUUGAGUUCACGCCCACGGGUGUAUCUUGAAAUGCAGAUCAUGAUCAAGGAUCCGACAGCGCUUACUGACGAAGUACAGCGAACAAGAGGCACUAACGACUAAACCCUACCCGAACCCUGCCCGCACCGACAUCCUACAAUCCUCUUGGCCCCGUCCAAGUGUCCCCACUGCCUACUCGUCCUCUACGCUCUCUCCCGGAAGCGGGUGGAUUUCUCUGUGCACCAGAGCCAUGCAGGAUAAUAUUCCUCGUCCCUUGCACCAUCGCGUCCUUCUCCUCUGCGGCCUAGCGCCUCCUAGGUAUCCCCAGCGGCGGGUGGGUCGUGCGGGCCGCUGCUGCCACCUUCAGACGGCUCUCCGCCGCGUGAUGAACAGCUAGCUGUUGCUUCCUUUGUAGGAGGAGGAGGAGAACCACUUCGGGGACGCCCUGGCUGGUUUCCCGGGGUUUCCACCGGGAUGGAUGUUUGGACUGUGGUUCUCUCUGACAAUCCAUCGAUUGUAAAUAGGCGCUCCCGGAAUUUCAUGGUGUUCGUAUAGGAUUUUCAAGGCAUUUCUGAGGGGGGGAUGAUAACUCUUUGAAUAUUUCGGCAAACACGAACUCAAAACAUCCCGCAUCUCCUUUUUUUUGCUUUGUAUCGGCGGGGCUUGAGUAAGAACGAAGAUACUCAUGAAAAAAAAAAAGUGUUGAUAUGUGUAUAUAUGGCGCCUUCCUGGGGCGGGACAGGAAAUGUGGCCCAUGCGCACCGGCUUGUUUCCCAUGUUUGUUUGAGUACUUCAAUCGACUGGAGGCCCUUUUUUCUGUACAAUGACCCCACGAUACCCACGCACGUUGAACUCUUCAUUUUUGCCACUACUGAAUGAACGUUAUACGCACGGCCAUACAUACUGUUGUAGCACACAGAGAACCCGCCAACGAAAAAGGGGGAACAAAACAAUACACCAUGCACUGCAACAACACCACUGACAACAACACGCAGACAGAUAAUAACCUAUUGAUAUACCCAUGUCGACAUAUUACGUACGUGCGCUUCAACACCACACGACACAGAAUAAACGUGUACAUCACUUAGGGUUAAUGUACUCUGACGGGGCCGACUUGCGGUGAGCAAUAUAAUAAAGGUGUCCCUCUUCUGUACUGCUUCCGCGCCCUGGAGUCCGUCGCGGUACACCUCGUUGAAGUUGGCCACCGUCCUGCAGAACUUUUGCACAAUUGCUAGACUCAAGCGGUCUUCGGCCACCGCGUAGCUCUUAGAAACAUUGGUCCGCAAGCACGCGAUAGUGUACUUGCAGUGCUGCCGGACCCAAUACUUGGAUCUACCCCACACUAGCUCUAUCGGGUUGAUCUCGCAGUGGAACUUGGGGAGCAUGAUUGCCACUCCUUCAUGGCGCAUCUCUAAGACCACUAGGCUAGGCUCUACGCUCGCGAAGUCCUCCUGCGUACCCAAUACCACCGGCAUACACAACGCUGGGUCAUACUUCUGUUGGCCUUUCUUGGUUCCUUUCAUGCUCAUGUUCGUGUUCCAGAGCCCCCUCUCAAACAAAACUUGCUUUAGCCCCUUGAGCUUGCCAAUGUGAUCCUCGGCACCCGGGUCGUAGAAAGGACUCUCGCCCUCCUGAAAGGCUCAAAAGAUCAGUUUGGUAGCUGUCUUGUGUGUCUCAUAUAUGUUUUGUUGUGGAAUUUCAUGUCGUUAAAUGUGAGAAGGGCACGGGAGAACAUUUCUCAUCAUUGCCUCCUGAUGACGUGGUCGCCGAUAGAGGCGUAUGGUUGAUGAGGUUUCAUCACCGACAUGUGGGUGUGUGUUAAAUGCAGUGGGUGUGUUCACCUCUCUCGUCCGUGGGUAGGCAGGAGGUAUGGCUACCUCUCCCAUUUGUAGGCAGCGUGGACCAUACUUGUAAAUAUAGACAGAGUUCAUCAUCAACGAGCUCGGGGAUUAUUCCGCCGCAGUAAAAUGGUUCUGAAAGAGAGCUUUUCGAAUCUGCAAUAUUUUUCGCGGGGUUUGCCGUGUUCGUGAGCCCUAGCCCUGCUAAGGGCCGGCGGACUUGGGGCUGCUGUAUAACUGUGUGUAUUAGCUCGNGACUUGGGGCUGCUGUUUAACUGUGUGUAUUAGCUCGCAUGAGAGAGGAGAGAGGGAGAAGGAGGAGAGGCCCCAAUUCUCGAGAGAACACGGGGACUCCGCACUAUCAUCCAAAGCCUCUCAGCACAUACCCUUCAAGUUGUCCCAGCUGCGUCCUACGUAACGGCUACUUUUCGACUAUCUACUUCUACCCACGAACACCCUCCCUGGUUCUUUACGCCAUUGAAGAACCUCUAGUGCGUCGAAAAUACGUCCGAAAAACCGAAACACAACGACAAACCAAAAGUAAAGGGGAAACCCGGCCACCGGAUCAAAACCCCUCAGAAAUUCAACGCCUCACGCCGAUCAUAUCACGAAAGAUU